AUGGAGAUUGAGUCUCUCGAUUGGAUCAAAAGCUCCAAGAGCAUGUCUGAGAAGAAAAUGGAAAAGUUCGUCAGAUACGGGGUCAUGACACUAAUUGCUUGGGCUUACAGACGCUCUGAUGCAGAUCAUUUCAGGCUUGUCUCAGAUUUGAUGCACUUCUUUUGGGUUAUUGACGAUCUCACUGAUAACCGAUCAUUGCUUGAGAAUGAAAGUCAGGUUGCGAAUUUGAAGCGCAUCCUAUCAGAUCCUAGUUACAAAUCGUCCGAUGACGGAGUUCUGGAGAACAUGUACAUACUCGAGCCUCCUCCCAACACGAGGGAUCUGUUCGUCCGCCAUUUUAUAGGCUAUCUCGAUUCGGUUGUAGAAGAAACCCAAGAUCGUGAGACAGGCCGCCUGUGCAAUCGUAGCGAGCAUUCCAAUCUCCGUCGACGCAAUCUUGGGAUGGUGCCUUUGAUGGACUUCGUUUGCAUCCAAUUUCAUCUUUCAGAUGAUAUGAUUGACUACGAAGUCAUCCAAAGGAUGACAAUCACUACCACUGACCUUAUUGGAAUUGCCAACGACAUUUACAGUUACAAUAUUGAGCAGUUUGGUGGCCAGAAAAGCGUCACCUGUAACUUCGUCGACGUUGUGCUACGUGAAAGAGGAAGGGGCGUGCAGGAGGCAAUGGAUGCCAUGGGAAAAAUGUAUCGCGAUCUCUUCUUUUCCCUGAUCAAUGAUUGCAUUAAUCUCCCGACGUUCAAAGAUACAGAGCAAGAUCGAGUGCUCAAAGAAUAA